AUGAGCGACCUACAAAAGGCAUUUGUAAAGGCCCGGCUCGCCAAAUUGCCGCCGGAUAUCCCAAUCCCCGAAGAAAACGACGAGAGCUCUGCUGCUGGCAGAGGCACGGGCACUGGCACGAUAGAAGAGGAGGAUUUCGACUCGUCGUCGACAUCGUCAGCUUCUUCCACGGGGACUGUUGUCCCCUCUGCAGCUCAGAAUCUCUUUGCGAGGCCGUCUUUUCCAAGAAGCCAGCGGAAGGACUCAAAUGAUUCAUUAACCUGGAGAGAGUUCUUCGCGCGCGAAAUCUACAUAGAGAGAGACUCGGAUGACCUGCAUGUUGUUCACCAUGCUUACAUAACGCCGCCUUCAGGAUCUGGUCCUCUGUUCGUGACACACCAUGGGGCUGGCUCCUCUGGACUGUCAUUUGCUGCUUGUGCAGUAGAAAUUCGCAAAAUCCUUCCAGAGGCUGGCAUCUUGUCCCUGGACGCUCGUCAUCAUGGAGAUACUACUGUAGAAUCGAUCAAUGGCGAAUCCAAAGGUCCUGAUUAUCACUUGGAGACUCUAAGUCGUGAUCUUGUUGCUGUGAUCAGAGGGACCCAGGCACAGAUGGCCUGGGAUACAUUGCCAGACAUAGUCUUGGUUGGCCACAGUCUCGGAGGCGCGGUCAUUACAGAUGUUGCUAAAGGUGGUGAACUGGGUGCGAAGCUGCUAGCAUAUGCAGUUCUAGAUGUUGUUGAAGGCUCUGCAAUAGAUGCUCUACAGAGUAUGGACACGUAUUUGUCGACGCGACCUACGAGAUUCUCCUCUUUGUCGUCGGCGAUUGAGUGGCACUUUCGCUCACGAACAAUCCGCAAUGCCACUUCCGCGCGAGUAUCUGUUCCUUCAUUGUUAACAGAGGAGACAACUCCAUCCGACCCGUCACGCCCUUGGGUGUGGAGAACCAAUCUGGCAGAGACGAAAUCAUUCUGGGAAGAUUGGUUCAUCGGACUAAGCAGAAAGUUCAUCGAGGCCAAAGGUGGCAAGCUACUUUUACUAGCCGGCACGGAUCGACUAGACAAGGAACUUAUGAUUGCGCAGAUGCAAGGGAAAUAUUCGCUGCAAGUCCUGCCUCUCUCGGGACACUUUAUUCAGGAGGACCAACCGGCCAAAACAGCGCGAUUUCUGGUGGAUUUCUUCAAGCGCAACGAUAGAACGCCGCUGGUUUUGCCGCCCAAGGUUGGAGAUAUUAUGGCUUCCAAUGCGAUGGAGAAGGGCUUCGGUGCGAAGACUGGAGGGAAGAGAGCAUGA